AUGGGGUCUCACGUUCCCACCGACCAGGAGACCCUGGAAUUGUACAACCCGCCUGACGAAUUCUCGCGAGAGAUAGACGAGCAUAUCAAGAAUUGUGCAAUUGCGCAAACCCUACGCAACGAUCCCACGUGGCGCGAGUCACGACCGUCGCUGAAGAUUCCGGAAGCCGUGCGGCAACAUAACCUAACGGCCGGGACAUUGAGUGGGCCGGGCAUGAUUGUCGUUCCCCCAUACUAUUUCAACAAGAAAGAUGGCUCGGAGAUGGUGCAGAUAAUGUACGUUGGGACGGAUGUGUCCGGUCACCCGGGCAUCGUCCAUGGCGGUUUUAUCGCGACCAUGCUGGACGAGGGACUGGCCAGAUGUGCCUUCCCUGCAAUGCAGAAUAAAGUCGGAGUUACGGCAAACCUGCAAAUCAACUAUCGCAAGCCCACGAUGGCAGGGCAAUUCCUUGUCCUCCGCGCCCAAACUACUAAGGUAGAGGGUCGCAAGGCGUGGGCAAAGGGAUGGAUCGAGAGCCUGGAGGUGGCUGAGGGUGAGCAGCCCGAGAAGCUGGUCGAAGCAGAGGCACUGUUCGUUGAACCAAAGCAUGCAAAGGUAAGGGAGCUGCUGCACAAGGCAGAGCACGUUGGCUGA